CUCGAUAAUGCGCCGCGGCCAUCGGUCGAGCUGCGGAAACCUUCGAGAGUCGAACGAAGUCCCUACUCCUGAUUCAUGGCGCGCGAUCCGAAUGUCGAUGUGCCUCCGCCAGAGGUGCAUCACUACAACGAGCUCGACGAAGUGCCGUGGGAUAUUCAGAACUACUGGCGCCAACGAUACAGGAUCUUCUCGAAGUAUGACGAGGGAGUCUGGCUGACCGAUGACGCUUGGUUCGGAGUCACUCCAGAGCCUGUGGCCAAUAAAAUCGCAGAGCACAUUGCAACAUCCGCUCCAGCGGACCGCAUGAUCCUGGUCGAUGCAUUCGCCGGUGCUGGCGGAAACUCCAUUGCCUUUGCACUGUCCGGCAGGUGGAAGCGUGUCUAUGCCAUCGAGAAGAACCCGGCCGUCCUGCAGUGCGCAAAACACAACGCUAAGAUCUACGGCGUGGCCGACAAAAUCACCUGGUUCGAGGGUGACUGCUUUGAUAUUAUCAAGAAGCAGUUGAUGGAUCUGGCCCCGUACAGUGUCUUGUUUGCCAGUCCACCUUGGGGAGGACCUGGUUAUCGAUCCGAUAAAGUCUUCAACCUGGAGACUAUGGAACCUUACUCACUGUCGAAAUUAUAUAGUGAAUACUCCUUGUUCACUGAACACAUAGUCCUCUAUCUUCCACGAACAUCUGACGUGAGGCAAAUGGCCAAGAUAGUCAAGGACGGUCAGAAUGCACCUGUGAUGCAUUACUGUAUGGACGCGUCAAGCAAAGCACUUUGUGUAUAUUAUGGUGAUUUUAACCUGCAAUAACGAUGGUUUGUGCUUGAAUCCUUAUUAUAUUCCUUGCCCAUUCUUUGAUUGUCUAUUAUCUCUUGUGUCAUUUGUCUGGG